AGGAUCAUGUGACCACCUUGAAUCCUGUGUGAAGUUUCAAGCAGAGGCUGAUCUGUUGGGAUUAGCCUCCACAGCCAGCACGUUGAGCGCUCACAACACACACGAUCACCGAUGGCCACAGUCUGCAAACACAAGGACACCUACAGCAUCCUUGUGUGACACACACACAACAAACUACAGUGAGCCGUCUACCGUUCAUCAUGGCGUCCGGCGAGGAAGAGCUGACCUGCUCCGUGUGCCGAGACAUCUUCAGCCAAACCCACCCGCUGCCCUGCGGCCACAGCUUCUGCCCCACCUGCAUCCGGGAGGCCUGGAGCGCCCAGGACGAGGAGAGAACCCGCUUCACCUGCCCGCAGUGUCAGGAGGAGCACGGCGAGGUGCACUGCGACUGCUGCCCUUCUGAUACAGAGGAAGAACAAAAACAGUUAGCCGUCAAGACCUGCCUGAGGUGUGAAGUGUCGUUGUGCGCCCAACACCUCCAACCCCAUCUGGAGAGGCCGGCGUUUAGCACCCACCUGUUGGUGGAUCCGCUGAUGGACCUCUCCCAGCGACGAUGUCAAACACACACAGAAGUACUGCGCUACUACUGUGCCGAUGAAAGAGUGUACGUGUGUGGAGACUGUCUCCUGGAGGGGGGCCACGCUCAGCACAAAGUGAAGGCGCUGAGACAGGUGGAGGAGGAUCUGAAGGUCAUUCUCCAAACACUGCUCAGAAAAUCAGAGGAGAAGCUGAAGGAAGGGGAGCAGAUCCUGAUAGAGCACGGGGAUAUGGAUACCACCAUGACCGACUCUCUGAAGCAGGACGACACACAGGUGGAGCGGCUGAGUUCAGACCUGCAGAUCCAGGUGAAGAAGCUGGUGGUGGCACUCAGGGAGAUCACGAAGAGGGAGAGACAGCAGGUGAUAGCGCGAGUGAGCGAGGACUGCUCCAAGGUGAGAGAGGACAUGAGCCGAGUGGUGAGCAUCCAGCACUACCUGUCCUCUCUGCUGGCAGAGCCCGACCCCUUCCUGCUCAUCUGGGUUACUAGAAGACCUGAACAACCCACUCUUCAGACCUGAUGCCAUCAGUCUAGACAGGAAACACAUCUUAGAGGACAUAGAGAGCAAGUACAGAGAGUUCAUCACUGCCACCCUCCGCUGCCUCAGUGACCUCAAACGAGAGCUGUUAACCAGUCCUUUGACUCUGGACACAAACACAGCUCAUCCUCUGUUGAGCAUCACUGACGACCUUCGCUCAGUGACGCGGGUCAAAGGCCGUCUGCCCUGCGCUGCUCACCCCGAACGUUUCGACCACUGGCCCCAGGUC